GAGCCGGGGCCCAGCGGUCGGAGCAGGAAGCGCGGGGCCCGGAGUGGCGGCGAUCUCGCGGCUGUCGGGGGCCAUCGGAAGGGCGGACGGGCCCCGGCGGGAGGAUGCGCGUCCCGGGGGCGCUGUGGCUACUUGUCUGCGGGACGCUGCUGGGCUGCGGCUCCGUCCUCUCGUCCUCAGAUGAAGAAGGAAGUCAAGAUGAAUCCUUAGAAUCAAAGACCACCUUACCCUCAGAAGAGCAGGUUAAGGACCACACUCCGGCAGAUCGAGUUGUCGCAGGUCAAAUCUUCCUUGACUCGGAGGACUCAGAAUUGGACCUGGAAACCCACGAAGAAGAGGAGGAACACAGCUUUAGGAGACCAGAGGGAGAUCCCGAAGGUGCUCUGGAAGAAGACUCCAGCUCUCUAGAAAGGUCAAACCUAGAAAAAAAAGAUUCAGAAGAAAUGGAGAUGCCGAGACCAGUUUUGACUGCCAUUGCAGGAACAGCAGAUGGGGAGCCCUGUCACUUCCCCUUCCUCUUCCUCGAGAAGGAGUAUGCAGAGUGCACAGCAGAUGGCAGGGAAGAUGGCAGGCUGUGGUGUGCCACGACCUAUGACUACAAGAGCGAUGAGAAGUGGGGCUUCUGUGAAACUGAAGAACAAGCUAAUAAGAGACGGCAGAUGCAGGAAGCAGAAGAUUUGUACCAGAUUGGAAUGAAAAUUCUAAAUGAAAGCAGUAAAAAGGCUCAGAAAAAAGAAGCUUAUCAGUACCUUCUGAAAGCUGCAGACAUGAACCAUACCAAAGCAAUGGAGAAAGUGUCCUAUGCUUUAUUGUUUGGGGAUUACCUGAAACAGAAUGUCCAGUCAGCUAAAGAGCUGUUUGAGAAACUCACGGAAGAGGGGUCUCCUAAAGGGCAAAUGGCUCUUGGCUUUCUCUAUGCCUCUGGUCUUGGGGUCAACUCAAGUCAAGCAAAGGCAUUGGUGUAUUAUACGUUUGGAGCACUCGGGGGCAAUCUGAUAGCUCACAUGGUUUUGGGUUACCGGUACUGGGCUGGGAUCGGGGUCCUACAGAGCUGUGAAUCUGCCCUUACUCACUACCGUCUUGUAGCUAAUCAUGUGGCCAGUGACAUCUCGCUGACAGGAGGCACAGUAGUGCAGAGAAUCCGCCUGCCCGAUGAAGUGGAGAAUCCUGGGAUGGCCAGUGGCAUGCUAGAGGAAGAUUUGAUUCAGUAUUACCAGUUCCUAGCAGAGAAGGGAGAUGUGCAAGCACAGGUUGGUCUUGGACAGCUCCAUUUGCAUGGAGGACGGGGUGUGGAACAAAAUCACCAGAGAGCUUUUGACUACUUCAAUCUGGCAGCCAAUGCUGGCAAUUCUCAUGCUAUGGCUUUCUUGGGAAAGAUGUAUUCAGAGGGAAGUGAUAUUGUACCCCAAAGCAACGAGACAGCUCUUCACUACUUUAAGAAAGCUGCCGACAUGGGCAAUCCAGUUGGGCAGAGUGGUCUGGGGAUGGCUUACCUGUAUGGAAGAGGAGUUCCUGUGAACUACGAUCUGGCACUGAAGUAUUUUCAGAAGGCUGCUGAACAAGGAUGGGUGGAUGGACAACUUCAGCUGGGCUCUAUGUAUUACAAUGGCAUUGGCGUCAAGAGAGAUUAUAAACAGGCUCUGAAAUAUUUCAAUUUGGCUUCCCAAGGGGGCCAUAUCUUAGCUUUUUAUAACCUGGCCCAGAUGCAUGCAACGGGCACUGGAGUGAUGAGAUCGUGUCCUACAGCAGUGGAGUUGUUUAAAAAUGUAUGUGAACGAGGCCGCUGGUCAGAGAGGCUCAUGUCCGCCUACAGCAGUUAUAAAGAUGGAGACUCCAACGCUGCAGUGGUUCAGUACCUCCUGUUGGCAGAACAAGGCUAUGAGGUGGCACAGAGCAAUGCCGCCUUCAUCCUUGAUCAGAAAGAAGCCAGCAUAGUAGGAGAAAACGAAACCUAUCCUCGAGCUUUACUGCACUGGAACAGGGCCGCCUCCCAAGGCUACACUGUAGCGAGAAUUAAACUUGGUGACUACCACUUCUAUGGGUUUGGUACUGAUGUGGAUUACGAGACCGCGUUCAUCCAUUAUCGCCUGGCAUCAGAGCAACAACACAGUGCCCAGGCUAUGUUUAACUUGGGCUAUAUGCAUGAGAAAGGUCUUGGCAUCAAGCAGGAUAUUCACCUAGCAAAACGUUUUUACGACAUGGCAGCUGAAGCCAGCCCGGAUGCUCAAGUUCCUGUGUUCCUAGCACUCUGCAAACUUGGGGUUGUCUACUCUUUGCAGUAUGUCAGGGAUGCAAAUGUCCGGGAAAUCUUCUCCCAGCUCGAUAUGGACCAGCUCUUGGGGCCAGAAUGGGACCUUUACCUCAUGACGAUCAUCGCCUUGCUGUUGGGGACUGUCAUAGCAUACCGGCAAAGGCAACACCAGGCUAUGCCCAGACCGGCAGGGCCCCGGCCAGCACCGCCCCCGCAGGAAGCCCCGGAACCACAGCCCCAACAAUAGCAGUGACCGCACGCCGUGUCCCACAAUGACCGCUGAGGACGAGCCGAACCUGCUCCCUGGGAACUCCGUGACGGUGAUUUCAGAUAGAUCGGUGACCACGUACCCCCAAAGGGUGUCCCAAGGAGCAUUUAAUUAUUUUCGCUGCUUCAAAUUUGAUGCCUUGGUUUUCAGGGAUAAGUAACUCUUACUUAGACUGAGUUGAUUGUUUCAGUGCCAUAUGGAAUAACAACUUUCAGUGGCUUUCGUUUGAUUUUUCCAGGAAAUCCAAGCCAGGUGCUCAAGAGUAAUGCCUGCCAUAGGCAGCUGUGUUUCUUGAGGCCUGCUGGUGGUCAUUCACUUAGAGCAUGGAACCUCUUCUAGUCCCCAACUUGAAGGUCUUGUGCUUUGACGUGAGGAGCUGGUCCGUGUAAAAAGGAAAAUCCAGUCACAGGGUCAUCUUUCAUGUGUGCGAAAAUUCAAAACGCAGAGCGUAACUUCGAAGUGAAAUGAUUGAUGUCUUCAGAGUGUUCUGGAACUGUGAUAAAUGAUAUAAAUUAUUUUACUAAUGUAUACCACAAGUGUACAUAUUCUAUGUUUCCCAUUUGUUCUUAAUUUCCAAGGUUGGGGAGGACAGUGGGUUCUCGAUCCCUGUAAUUCUGAAUCACCUAACAUUGUAUACUGCACAAUUUCUCUCUUCCAAGCAGCAGUGAAAAUCCUGGUUAAAGAGAACCUGAAAUGUGACUUAGUAACACGAAAUUUGCAAAUGCAAUGAGCCGUUUUCUUGUUCUACUUUACCAAUUGCCUGCCCAAUUAUAAUUGCUUGUUUAUUUUUGAGCUUCUGGUCCAGAAAUGAGGAGAUGAAGUAAAUGUAAGGGAAAAAAAUGUUGCCUUCAAGCUUUCUCUUUGGAAAUAGAAAAAUUGCACGGUUUUGACAAGUUGAAGUAACAUUCGUAAAAAGCGGAAGCAUUUGACGUGCAAUCGAUAUAACUUGCAUUUCAUUUUGCACAAGGGCUGAAAGAUACGAUCCGUUUCAUGGAUUUCUCAAGGACGAAAGAUCACUGUCACCUGGGUGCAGGGGAAACUAUUAUGGCUCUGAACUCGAGAGGUCAGAUAAGAGAACCAAAAGUUGGUGCAUUUCAGUGGGUGAAGAAAGGAAAAAUAACCUUUUUAGGAGUCACUUCCCUCUUUUUCUCUCAAGGUGUUUGUUGCAAUAGCAGAUGAGCUGCUUGCUUGGCAGUUAUUUCACCCUCUCCUUAUCAGACAGGUAGCACUGGGGAAAUAAUGAGAGAAUUAUAACUCAAAUCUGCCUGGGCUUUCCCAGGUAAGUAAUAGAAGAAAAUGGGGAUUCCGUUUCCUUGGUAGGAAAAAGAAUGUAGGUGAAUAAAUACUUGAUAUGAUGGAUGUCUGUCACCUGUUAGAUGUGACUCGCCAGUAGUCCCUAUAAGGUGUAUGAAGAGGCCAGUGUAUGACUUGUUUACCAGUGGGUGCGGAUGUAGUCUGUGAAUUCCGAUUUUCGGUACUUCUUCCUCACCCUCAUCCAUUAUCCACUGGGGUACUUGGAGCCAAUCACCUCCAUGGCCAGAAAAGGGUUUUGUUCUCUGAGGUUGGGAUUUUCUUUAGAACUUGUUUUGAUUAAUUUGGGAUAUCCACAAGAGCUUUGAAGCUGAAAUUGUGAACCUUUUUUUGAAUUUUUUUUAAUCCAAUGAUUUAUGAAGAAGUUGUUAAGCAAAAGAAUAACUGGGAAGGAUAUAAAUAUUGAAUAGUUAUAAACAUAUCUGAGGUGGAACCCUCCCCCUUAAAUGUUAAAAAGAACAUUGUUUUGGGCUGCUCCAGUUUCCAAUGCAAACGAAGCUCGAGAUAGAAUAUUGAAAUUGCAGUGUGUAUCUCUUUCCCCUUGCUGCUCCUCACCACCUUCCUCAUUUCUCAGGGGGACUUGUGAUGCAAUCCAGUUGGCCUAGGGUUGAGGAGUUGGGGGAGAAGUGAGAAGAGAUGAAGGGGCCACCAUGCCCUAGUAUUCUAAAGAGGAAACAGUAUAGAAUUUAUAAGAGCUGUGUUAACUCAUGUUGUUUAUUAAUGUCAGUUAUUUUUUUCCCUGCAUAUUUCCCUUCACCAUCAGCUAAAUUUCUCCCUCCUCCACAUUUUCACCUUUGCCUUCAUUUCCCCUCCAUCAUGUUUUGUUUGGCACAAGAUGCAACCACAUGAAGGCUGGUGGAAAGCUAAUCCUGUUUGCCAACAAAUGCAUUUUUUUUAAUCAGUGUACUGCUUGACCAGCCUGCCUUUAUUCUUGAAUCAUUCAGAUAAUCCCAGCCUACUCUGGAGUUAGUCCUAGCAAUAGGCAAAGUGGGCCUUGUAUGAGCAUUUAGUGUGUCCUCUGCCUUCAGAUAAUUGAUCCAAGGAAGUAAACUCCACCCUUUUUCACCCCACCCUAGGUUGUCCUUGAAAUUGUUUUUUCCAAGAAGGGCAUCAUAUGUAAGCAAUAAGGUUUGGUUUUUUUUAAUAUUUCUCCCUAUUCUUAUGAUCUCCACCAAUCUAAUUGAAUGGCAUCCAUUUGAAUACAAUGACAGUAGCAGAAGCUAGUUAAUGUCAGUGACAUUAACCUAACUCAGGGGUUAGGGAGAUUUAGUAGAACCCAUAGGUAAAUAGUUUAGAGAACAGCUUCAUUUCAUUGUGGUAAUCCUUGCUCUCUUUGUCCAAUCCAUACUGUAUCUUGGCUUCUAAGAAGAAUGAAAGGGGUAGGACUCUUAGCAUAUUUUACCUUGGACACCUGUUUCCGAUUCCUAAUGAUAUUGGCUGUAUCUUUGAUUUUUUUUUGCUCUAAUACUAGGUUUUCAUUUUUCCUAGUUUCAUGGUACACCUCAUUUUCUGUUAGUGAGCAUGGCACGUAAAAGGGAGGUUGAAUCACUUCUUUAUUCAAAAGACAUUGCUUAAUAUGUAAAGCCAAAUCAAACUGUGAGUCAAUGAAGUUGGUGCUGUUGAAGGUAUGUGGCUAUCUGGUUUGAAGCUUUCUGGAGUGAUUUGGACAACAAAGUGGAAACUUGCACCUGACAGUAAUGUUGUUUGAGGCUGUAUUAAAUUACAGUGACACUGAUACCUCUCUAGGAGCCUAAAUUAAUUUCGGGAAGGAGUUCUCUUCCUCUCUUUCUUCCCUCUAUCUUUCUUUUCCCUCAAUCCAAUAAUUUAGAAAUAUGUGUGUGAAUAUAGUCUCUUAAAUUGAUCACCACAGUCUUUUAUGAAUCUGAUUAUGAAAAUUUCUAAUAUUCUUUAGAAACUCAUAGAAGAUAGAUCGGCUUAUUUCACACAGCUCAGAACAGACUGCUUGGUUAAAAUGCUUCCUUUUACCUGCCACGAAGAGACUUCGGGGUUUUAAAUAUUUCCUCCUUUGACAGCUGGCAUCACCUGUAAUUGUUUUGGAAUUAGCUUUGGAUGUGUCACAAUAUUUUGGCUGCCAAAGAAGAGUCAAUAACAGGAUCUGUGAAGCUUCAAGGAUUCUGUUUUGAUGCAAAUUUUCUUUCUUUUAAUCUCAUGUGGCUUUCAAAAUUAAAAUGGAAAUGAAGUAUUUGGAUGAUUUUUCAGCAGGGGUGAAAUUGCCCAAAGCAAUUUAAAUGUAGACAAUAAAAACUGGAUUUUUUUUUCCGGCUGCUCUUUCUUGGUUUAAAAGUUGCAACAUAAGAAUUUUUUUAGUCUCAAAAACUGACUCCCUUUUUUCUCUAAUAAAGAUCAGGUACGGCUCAGUUAAAGGUUGAUGUAAUGCAUUAACACAGCAGAUAUGGGGGGAUUUCUGACACACCAGUAUUUUCUUUAGCCCUCCUCCCCCCAAAAAAACUACAUUUUGAUUCAACAAUAACCAAAAAGGUUAGUGUGGUCAAGAUAACACUACAACUGUGUAGGGGACAGAAAAUAUGGGAAAGACAUUAAGUUACCAACUGGCAUUUUGAAGAAACAACCUGGUAAGCAUUUUUAUAAACUUAUUUUGUAUUUUUUAAAAAUGCAGUAUAAAGGCUGGUGGAAUGUAUAAUAUAAUUGUACAAACAAAAAUCCUGUUAAUAGAAAGAUGUACAGAUUCAUUUUGUACUAUAUCUUUAAUCUUGUGAAAUAAAGAUUCUGCCUCUGUGUUUAGCUUCUGGGCUCUAAAUUGCCAUAGGUUAAGUGACUUCAGACUUACGAUUUUUUUUUCCUAAACUAUAUUGGUCAGCUUCUCAUGGUGUUAUUAGUCCUGAAUCUCAAUGUAACCUUCCAGAAAUACACCUGGUUUGUCUCCGUGCCUUAUCUUCUGAAUCCUUUGUCCAAAUUUAACCAGGUCAUUUUGGGCCUCAGAGUGGAGGCUUCAAUAUUCUGGUUGCUACAGGCAACUUUACUACCCUGAAUUCUCACCUGGUCUGAAGCUGACCCAAAAUACUUGUUUUUACUGGCAAGUUAGAAUUUAUUACGGUAAAAAUUCAGUUAUCCAGCAAGCCCGAGACGGUGGCUAAUAUGGGUAGCCUGAUAUUUGAGAUAAUGGAGUUGUUUUUUCCCUUUUGAUCCAGGUUAUAUAAGUUUGGGACUCCUGCUCUAUUAAAGGGCACGGAGUCUCCUUGUGGGCAGGGAACCUGUCUACCAACUCUGUUCUAUUGUACUUUCCCAAGCACUUGGUACAGUGCUCUGUGCACAGUUGUAUGCAAUAAAUGCCAUUGAUGCUGAUAAGCAAUGAACCCAACCGUCUAAUCCCAAAAGAUCUGCAAACCUAGGAGAUUUUCAUGGGCCUUUCUCACCCUUACUAUGUUCACAUUGAUUUAGUGUCUACUGAACAUACUUGUCUAAGGAAAUGCAUUAUCAUCAAUCAUAGCCAUAGCUUCUAUCCAAAGCCUUACCUGUUCACAGUCUAGCUUCCCUUUGACAAAAUUAAUAUAUUUCAAGCCCUUGACUUCUGACUUUUUUUUGAAGCACAAAAUCAUGUAAUUGGCUUAUAUUGCACUUAGUUGACCUGUUGAAGAUUUAUGAAUAACUGAAUGCAAGUCUUUAGCAGAAUUUAGAAAUAGGAAUCCCUUUUAAUCCAGCUUUUAUUUAAGUGCUUAUAAUUUAUUGGUAACCUUCAGUUUGGGAAAGGGUUUUUUUUUCUGUAAUACUGAUUUAACUGUGAAUAAAAAUUCUAACCUUAAA